AUGAAUCACCGCGGUGUCGGAUGUGAGGUGGACAAGGACGACUUCAUGUCGAUCGAGGACGAACAGUGGAUCACCGAUGGCGUGGUGGACUUUCACAACGUGCUGCUUAGCAUCAGGAAGCCGUCGCUCCGCGACGGCAAGACAUGGGCCGCCAUGGACUGCAAGGCCUAUUCACAGACGACAGCUGCGCAUGGAGUGCCGUUAACGCUGGGGAGUGGGCGGCCGCUUUUGGAACACGAUUAUCUUGCGAUCCCGGUCCUAGAGUCGCGGGAGAUGCGCCGAGACUUGUGUGCACACGCUGGCGGAGAGCUUCUGAAACAACUACAGGAACUGGGGAUUGAAGUCCCGCCGCAAGACGAAGGCCUGGUUACCGCAGAGGGGACAGUGGUGCAGGUGAGAAACACUGCGGAGGGAGAUGGGAGGCAGGCGCCAAACACUCGCCAUGAUGAGGACGCUCGGUUUACGGAGAUGACGAGGCGCAUAGCAUCGCUGCAUAACGAUGUGAGGUACCUGGACGCCAGCUUCACCGUGAUCGCCAACUUCGUGGGCCUGAGCCGGGACGAGGUGGUGUCCGCUGCAACCCAACUGCUGCUGCAUGGAGGGGUCGCGGGGAACGGCACGAAAACAGAGGCGGGUGGCAACAAGCAUGCGCCACGCACACCCCAGCGUCCGUCUGCCCGGAAGAGGCGAGAUGACAGCAGUCCUGAGGAGGACGGCGUGCGCAACCUCACCUAG